UAAGUCUUAAACCAACCAUCUCUGAGUGAAACAAAAGAAAGAAAGGUAUUGUUUAAUGGGAAAUCACAAAUUUAGAUUAUCAGAUAUGCUACCAAAUGCUUGGUUCUACAAGAUAAGAGACAUGAGCAAAUCCAAACCCCAUAAAGCCUCUGCCUCCAAGAAUAAAAACCCUUGUUCUAGUGUGCAAAAAACACAAUUUUCACAACCGAGAUCAUCCUUUUAUUAUGCUACAGAGUCUAUUAGAGUUGGCAAUUCUCCUACAAAUCUCAAAAAUCCUGAUCAACCAAGAAGAUCAUCUAAGAGAAGAAGCAAAAGAGUGACCAUUUACAAGCCCUCUCCGGAAUUGGACUUGCUUAAAUCUCCAUCUGAUUCCAAUGGUCUUGUCUCCUGGUCAACUUCUUACUUCAGUUCUUCAACUAGUGAUAUAAUCAUAGACAUGAAUGAAAUAAUUUCAGAAAUUGACCUUCCUCCAAUUCUCACAAAGCCAGCAAAAUCUUAUAAUAGGAAGCAACAAAGUCAAGAAAGCAUUAACGCUAAAAGAGACAAUUCUGCUCCCAGAAAAUCGUCUACUGGAGUGAAACUCAGAGCGAAAAUUCAGGGGCAUGGCAGAAAAAGCGUGUCAUCCUCAAAAAAGCGUGUCUCCAAAAAAGAAAAUUCAAAGUCAAAAAGAAGGAGCUUUUCAUCAGGGAGCUUAGCAAUAGUGAUGGCUUCAUUUGAUCCUCAAAAGGAUUUUAAAGAAUCAAUGAUGGAGAUGAUUGUGGAAAACAAUAUUAAGGCAUCAAAAGACUUGGAACAUCUUCUUGCUUGCUAUCUUUCUUUGAACUCCGAUGAAUAUCAUCACCUUAUUAUCAACGCAUUUGAACAAAUUUGGUCUGACCUUCACUUGUAAAUUCAUUCCUUGUAAAAUACACUUCUUCUUUUGAUUCUUUGAUUAACUUCA